CCCGGCCCGGGGCCCGAGGUCCCGCGCGCGGACCACUGACCGACGCGCCGUUCCCGCCCCCGCCUCCCCGUCGGCCAGCACCAUGGGAUGCAAUAUGUGCGUGGUUCAGAAACCGGAGGAGCAAUACAAAGUGAUGCUGCAGGUGAAUGGGAAGGAGCUCUCCAAGCUGUCUCAGGAGCAGACACUGGAGGCCCUUCGCACGUCCAAGGAGCCCCUGGUCAUCCAGGUGCUGAGACGCAGCCCCCGCCUGCGGGGGGACAGCUCUUGCCAUGACCUUCAGCUGGUGGACAGUGGCACUCAGACCGACAUCACCUUUGAGCACAUCAUGGCACUGGGCAAGCUGCGGCCGCCCACCCCACCCGCAGGCAUCCUGGAGCCGUACGUCCUGUCUGAGCUCACUCCCAUCAGCCAUGAGUAUUAUGACCCGGCGGAGUUUAUGGAGGGCAGCCCCCAGGAGGUAGACCGCAUGGACGAGCUGGAGUACGAGGAGGUGGAACUUUGUAAGAGCAGCCACCGGGACAAGCUGGGCCUGAUGGUGUGCUAUCGCACGGACGACGAAGAGGACCUGGGCAUCUAUGUUGGAGAGGUGAAUCCCAACAGCAUUGCAGCCAAAGAUGGCCGGAUCCGAGAAGGGGACCGCAUCAUCCAGAUUAAUGGCAUGGAUGUCCAGAACCGAGAAGAGGCGGUGGCAAUCCUGAGCCAGGAGGAGAACACUAACAUCUCCCUGCUGGUGGCGCGGCCUGAGAGCCAGCUGGCAAAGCGGUGGAAAGACAGUGACCGGGAUGACUUCCUGGAUGACUUUGGCUCUGGGAAUGAGGAAGACCUGUGUGCUCGGAAGCUGAAGGUGCCCCCUGCCCAGCAGCCGGGAAAUGAAGAGGACAAGGGGGCCCCGGAAGCAGGCCCAGGCCUGAGCAACAGCCAGGAGCUGGACAGCGGGGUGGGCCGGACCGACGAGAGCACACGCAACGAAGAGAGCUCGGAGCACGACCUUCUGGGUGAUGAGCCCCUCAGUGCCACCAACACCCCUGGGACCCUGCGCAAGUUCGGCUUGCAAGGGGAUUUGCACUUCAGCAUGGACUCGCUGUUGGCAGAGGGUGCAGGGCUGGGUGCGGGGGAUGUUCCUGGCCUCACCGAUGAGGAGUAUGAGCGUUACCGGGAGCUGUUAGAGAUCAAGUGCCACCUGGAGAACGGCAACCAGCUGGGCCUGCUCUUUGCUCGGGCCUCGGCAGCCAACAGUGCCCUGGACGUCAACCGCAAUGAGAGCCUGGGCCACGAGAUGGCCAUGCUGGAGGAGGAGCUGAGGCAUUUGGAGUUCAAGUGCCGCAACAUCCUGCGCGCGCAGAAGAUGCAGCAGCUGCGGGAGCGGUGCAUGAAGGCCUGGCUGCUGGAGGAGGAGAGCCUAUACGACCUGGCGGCCGGCGAGCCCAAGAAGCAUGAGCUGUCAGACAUCUCCGAGCUGCCUGAGAAGUCCGAUAAGGACAGCACCAGCGCCUACAACACGGGGGAGAGCUGCCGCAGCACCCCACUGCUUGCGGAGCCCCUGCCUGAGAGCCCUCUGAAGCGGGCUGUCACCACUGCUGCCGGCAACUCCAAUUUGAACCGCACCCUUCCCGGUGUCCCCAUCACUAGUCCCCCCAAGGCUACCACUGUGCCUGGCAGCCCUGCCAAGUUCCGGUCCCUCUCCCGGGACUCUGAGGCAGGCCGGAGGCAGCACGCGGAGGAACGCAUCCGCCGAGGCCCCAAGACCGGUGUGGCCGUGGAGCGGAUGGGUCCCGAAGGCAGCCCUUACCUGUCGCGCCGCCACCGUGGCCAGGGCCAGGAGGGUGAGCACUACCAUAGCUGUGUGCAGCUGGCCCCGCCACGCACCUUGGAGGAGCUGAGCCACGGUGCCCUAGGCCUGGCCGGCAGCCCCCGGGUGGGCAGCGUGGCGGCUGCGGCAGAGGCGCCCCGCAUGGAGUGGAAGGUGAAGGUGCGCAGUGACGGCACUCGCUAUGUGGCCAAGAGGCCCGUGCGCGACCGGCUGCUGAAGGCCCGGGCCCUGAAGAUCCGGGAGGAACGCAGCGGCAUGACCACCGAUGACGACGCGGUGAGCGAAAUGAAGAUGGGCCGCUACUGGAGCAAGGAGGAGCGCAAGCAGCACCUGAUUCGAGCACGCGAGCAGCGGAAGCGCCGCGAGUUCAUGAUGCAGAGCCGGCUGGAGUGCCUGCGCGAGCAGCAGAGCGGCGACAGCAAGCCCGAGCUCAACAUCAUCGCUCUGAGCCACCGCAAGACCAUGAAGAAGCGGAACAAGAAGAUCCUGGACAACUGGAUUACCAUCCAGGAGAUGCUGGCCCACGGUGCACGCUCUGCGGACGGCAAGCGGGUCUACAACCCCCUGCUGUCGGUCACCACUGUGUGAGCCACCCCGCUUCCCUUCCAGCCUGGCGUGCGUGCGCCGCGUCCCGCCCUCCUGCCUGUCCUGUGUGCGGGGAAGAGAAGAGACGCUCUUUUCGCAUGGCCUACUUCCUUCUCCCCAAGUAACACACCCAGGCGACAGCCAGCCUGGAGGGCUUGUGGGAGAGGCCGAGUCCCUGGGGGGAGGGGAGCCGGGGCGAGGAGGUGCCGAGGAAUGAGCACAAGAGAGCAUCCAGCUUCGCGUCCCACUUGGAGCCGGAGCUGCAGUGAUUCGUAGACAAAGGCACCCUGGUUUUUGUGGUUUUUCUCCCUUUCUGUGCUUGCCAAUAGUUGUUUUUCUGUUUCGUGGCCCUGCUGUGGGCGGGCACCUGGCGGAGGGGUAGAGGUGGAGCCCUGCUUGCUGGCAGGGAAGGAGUGGGGGGGAGUGGAGGGAGGGAGGGGGAGGGGGCGGGAGGAAUGGGAAGCAGCUGCCUGAGGACAGAGCCUGGACUCCUGGGGGCCGCCUACUUCCCCAGUGCACGAAGGAAAGCGAGACUGUGGGGACAGAGGGCCGGUGUCCAUCCGAGAAGUCACUGCCCCUGGGUCUGUGCCCAGGGCCAUCUGGGACUGGACCACUUAGAUGUGAGGGGGAUGAGAAGCCAAGCCCCAUGAGUGACAGUGAAAGCCCUCAGGCUGCUCAGCCUGGAGAGGAGUUGGUGGCAGGCAGGUGGGAGAAGCCCCAGCCUCUUCGGGUGUCGCGAUCUGCAACCAUGCUGCCUGCGCGGUGCCCUGUGCUUGGAGGCAGACAGCUGCCACACCCCCGUCCCACCUGCAUCUCAAUAAAGCAAGCUGCCUUUCUACUGACUGCA